GAGAGAAAGCUGCCGGCUUUACGAAUCUAAACAUUACUCGUCGGAGAUAAAAAAAAUUUCCCCCAAAAUCCUUGUUUUUGGAGGAUUCAGAGAGUGAGGAAAUGGCUUCCGCUCUCUCUGCUUUCAACACUUGCUCGUCUCUUCGGAGCUUCUCUUUGCAGAACGACCGAAUCUUCAUCCGUGGACGGUACAUGCCACCACCGCUCAAUCUGCUUCCCCCGUACUCGCCUCUCGCUACCUCUUCAGUCGCAUUCUCUCGCCGGCGGAGUCAGAACUCUUCCGUUGCAUCCUCGUCCAAGAAAAAGAAGAACAAAAGUCUGCCUGCUGAAAUUGAUGACGAGGAGGAGGGAGAUGACAUAGACGAAGAUGCUUUUGAUGCACUCUUCAACAUGCUGGAAGGAGACUUGAAGAACAGCGAGUCAUCUGCAGUUGACGAGGAUGAUUAUGAUGAUAUGAGCGAAGAAGAUAUCGAGAAGCUUCAGCUUGAGCUAGAAGAGGCCCUUGGUGCUGAUGGUGGUGAGGAUGAAGCUUAUGACAUGGAAACUGAUGGGAGUUUUCCUCGUGAGGAAGAAGAGGGUGAGGAGGGAAGGCCAUUGAAGCUUAGGAAUUGGCAAAUUCGAAGAUUGGCCUCUGCUUUAAAGAAUGGCCGUCGCAAAAUUAGUAUUAAGAACUUGGCAGGUGAUCUUUGCCUUGAGAGGGGUGUAGUUCUUGACUUGCUUCGUGAUCCCCCUCCAAGUCUUGUGAUGUUGAGUGCUGCUUUACCCGAUGAACCUGAACCAACUCUGCCGGUCCAAGCAACUACACCAAUAGAAUCUGCAACUGAGGAAAUGACUGUUGACGAAGAUGCCGUGAAAGAUGAGAGCAAGGUGAAUUUGCCAGUUCACGUUAUGUAUCAGAAAUGGAAUGCUCAGAAGAGACUGAAGAAAGUUCAUGUUCAAACCCUCGAGAGAGUGUACAGAAGAACCAAGAGACCUACUAAUACCAUGAUCGGCAGCAUUGUGCAUGUGACCAACUUGCCUCGCAAAAGAGUGGUGAAAUGGUUUGAAGAUAAACGCUCAGAAGAAGGUGUCCCCGAACAGCGUAUUCCUUAUAGAAGGUCCAUUCAUGAAACUGCCUCUUCCAGUUGAAUCAUAUUGUAUACGCAUCUGUCCUUGGCUAUCUGAUUUAAUCUUUCUAAUGGAUAGGUUAUCUUCUUGUUUAAUUGUGAGAUAAGUCCUCUUUUGUCAUAACAUCCUUGGGAACCCAUCUCAUUCGUGUAAAUUUCAUUUCGCAAGUUCAUAGUGCCUAAACCAGAGAACUGACUGACUGAGUGAUGACACCUAGAGCUGAAACUGAUCAUGUUCUUUUUUAAGCAAUUCCCAGUGGGGUUGGAGCAAAGAAUACACAACCAACAAAAAAGUCACUAAAAUUGACUCAAAAUGGUGAGUAGGAAAGCUCUGAAGCUUGCAGCCACGUAAUUCCAUUUUCAAACUGACUGAUUUUUAUGCGGGAGUUGGAUGGAUGUCAAAUUCACUUUCCUGGAAUGGGUAAGACCCCUUUUCUUUCAUCACAGUUGAAUUAUGGUACUCACAGAGGGAAUAUUUAGGCGUGUCUCUUACCUCAAACCCUUUAAUGACCCCCACCAACUUAGCCCUCCCCACGCCUCCACACCUUUCUGCCAUUCCUAUUUCAUUUGUUUUGUGAUCAACUGCUUGUCUUGCUUAUACUGCUGUUCUGUGAAGAAGAAAUGUGCAGAAAUGAGGGCUCCUUUCAGCCUAAAACACAGGGUUUCUCAGACAAACCCCUCUUGCUCUGGUUUUGGACUGAAGGGAGCUCCCAAUUCUUCCCUUUCUUUGUCUGCUUGCUUGAUGGUUCCUACCGAAUCCAGUGAUAAUGAUCACUUUGGUGAGAGUAAGUUGAUCAAACCUUUUUCCUCUUCGCUUCACAAAGUUUGGGUCAAUAGUUUUUGUGUGGUGCUGCAUCAUAUUGUUGGUGGCCGUUGCAUGACUGAGAAGCAAAGUAUGACUGUUGGUCGCAGAAUUCUUCCUUUUCCUUCAUACAUCGUGAUUUCUGCAUUUUUUACCUUGUACAAAUGGUUGAAGCACAUUAACCGAAUCAAUUGCAUUGGUAGUUCAUUUAUGUGAUACUAGCAAGGACCCGCUCGCUUGCGCUUCGCGGUGAAUGAAAAAUACAGUUAUACUUAUAGAUGUACGGUGUAAAUAUAUAAAAAAACUAAUUAUAUCAUUAGAGCUAUACGGAUAACCAAAAUACCAACAUAGAAACUCAAAUAAUUUGAAAGCAUUUGAGUUAUAAAUUGCAAAGCUCGGUAGGUUUGGAAUGAAGUCAAUCAUCCAACCCACCAUUGCUGUCAAAUAAUUGAUUAAGAAGCUGGACUUUGUCGAACGAAGGCUUCCUAAUAACCUCAUUGACCUGUAAAUAAACAGAGCAAUCCAAAGUUAACAACUACUUCAAAUAAUUACAAUAUGGUAAGAGGACAACGUAAAGAAUUACAAUGACGAAAACUGGAAGUGCUGCCUUCUUAAGGUGUUAGCAAAAGCUUAAGAGAGGUCGCGUUGGGGCUUACCUAGUUCAUAAAUGUCCACCGAGCCGUCGAAGAAAGCAUAAUUGAUCUCACCAAACAUCAACUUUAGCUCUAUCUGCUUCAUUUACUGGAACUGCUGAUUUUUUUUGUUUACUUCGUAAAGAGUACUUAUGUAUCUUCGUUGAGUUUAGUUAAUCUGAAAUGACUGGCAUACAACCUUCAGUUAAAGAAAAACAAAACGAUGAGAUUAUGGAAGUAAAUAUUCUCGCAUUUAUUGCUACUGCACCCGUUCCCGGAGAAGAAAGUCAAUUUAUUGCUUAUGAAUAAAAAUGGUAAAAUGGAGAAGAUAGUGGGAUUCGUGUGUGGCAAUUGUCGGUGGUCAUUAUUCUUAGAGUAGGAGAAGAAGAUUAUAUAUUGAUGAGCUCUCUCUCACCUCAAUCAUGAUCGUGUUAGUGUUUUGGUCCAUGUCUAAUAUUGGAUUGGGUAGGAAGAAGAAAGGCAUGGGCUGAGAAAUGAGCGCGGUGGACGCGAGAUACUCGGACAGCCGAGUCCUAUGUGGUUUAGGUACACGCGGGGUUGGGAGAAAAGGUAAAGAAAUUGAUUUGGAGGAU